CUCGGAGAUCAGUGGUUUUUCUUCUGUUCUUCUUCCUUUUUGCUAUGGGUAGCUGGUUCGGAUUUAUUCGCCUUCGUAUCGAGCAGCCUAACGUUGAGUCUUUCACUACCAGUGACAGCCAAUCCAGGCAAGACUUGCAUGUUGCUGCCCGAUUCUUUCCAACGCUUGAAGCGCGUCAAGAACAAGUUAUUAUGACUCCUAAACACAAAAAAAAUUUUUUGAGCGAGGAAUGCUUGCGAGACGCCCUUAUGGUGCACAAAGCCAUAAUAAAUAUUAGCGGCUACACCAAACUAUGUUUCAGGCAACAGUUUCCAAGCAUUCUACAAAAAAAUGCUGGGCACAGAUGCAUGGUCAGCAGUCCUCUUGAACUGGCCGGAACUUACUUCCAACAUUUAAACAACCUUUCAACCAUUCUGAUGCGUGAAUUGACCAACCCUACAAUUCUUCUCUCUUCUGGUCAAACAUUCAAAUCUUUUCACGGGCAAAUGUUGGCUAAUUUUCAAAUAGAGCGAAAUAGAGAUCCACUGACAGCUCAUGCCGACGCUCUUCGUGCUAUUUACUUCAUGAAAAAGUCAAGUAGUAAAGAAGACGACGAAGAAAUUUCGAGUUUCGAAUCCUCCUUUGACAGUCUCCUCUCUUCGAUGGGUCCGCGCCUGAAAUGUGCAAAGCUAUCCUACAAGACUGAAAGAGCAUCAAUGGAUGCCUUGCAAGAUGUCUUUAAACCGGAGAUGAAGCCUCUUUUUAUUUCAGUGUUCGCACUGUCUGUCCUUGUAUUCCUCGCCAUAUACUUUUUUCUUACUAACGCCACUUGUCCAUCAACAGCGUUCCUCAUGUUGUCUUCGAUUAUUUUACCAAUAUCAAGUUCUGUUGGUUCUGUCUCCAUGACAAUCACUCCCUUAUCCUCAACUACCCUAUGUAUUCCCUUCUUGUUGUUAGGGAAAGCAACCUCUGACGUCGUACUUUUCCUAGUGGAGUGGGAAAGGCAGAAAAAGGUGUCAUCACUUCAACAUCGCGUCAGUAAUUGUGUUGCUAGAACAGGGGUCCUAGCUACGAUGACAGCCCUUUGUGGAACGCUUCUUUCUGGAAUUGCAAUCAAAUCUUCUUUCGAGGGGAUUCGCAAUUUUUUCGUGACAAUACUUAUCUUUUAUGUAAUCAUUUCUGCUUUUACUUUUAUAAUAACAAUCAUUUUGCAGAUGCACUUUGAAAUGGCGUCAAAGACAUCCAACACCCUUCCUCUUCCGCAGUGCAAAAUGAAAUGUCUCAUUAAUGAAGUUGAAAGUGUCCCUCAAGGACGCCUACAACGCCAUGAAACAAAACUGCAACGAAUUCUUAAGGGAUUGCUAGAGAACAUAACAUCACAUGGCGGCAAAAUUGUCUCGCUUGUACUACUUUUCAUAACCAUCGCUCUGUGUGUUUUGCCCAUAUUCUUACCCGGAGAAAGAGUUCGUACCAUAGAGUCCCGCUAUCAGAAUAACAACUUCAAACAGUUCAGUGGGGCACGAAAGAUUUUCUUCCAUGAUGAAACUGAUAUAAGCAUCGUUUUCUCCGAGGACAUUGACUAUUCAUUUGAAACUGUGCAAAAUCAUAUAAUAUCAGUUUGUGCGAAAUUGGAAGAGGCCACCUAUGGUGAAGGAAAUCCACUCUGUUGGAUGGCAGUCUUACGAAAGUGGAUACAAAAUGAAAACAUGAGCUGUUCGCACUCAAAAUUCUACCAGUGUUUGAAACAUUUCCUUAAUGAUUCUCACAGUUUGCCAUUUCGACAAGAUCUCGUUUUGGAAGUUUCAACUUCUGGUGUCAAAAUUUCAGCGUCUCGAAUUCAUCUAAGGAUGUCACUCGACAACAGAUUUCAAAAGGAUAAAGAAUUCCUUAAGAAACUGAGAGGCGACUUACUUGAAAAGUUUCCCCUAAAAGCCACCCCGGUCUCUGAGGAAUUUUUCGACCUUGAUGAUCUCUCUAAGUUCGAAAAAGAAUCAGUUAUAAUUUUGUUCGUUGCUGGUACAGUGGUAGUGUUUACAAUUUCUUUUCUUGCUACCGUUCAUUGCAGUAUCAGUAUCUUUUUGGCUCUGACAUUCGACCUCUUUGUAAUGGAAGCAGCAGCUAUUUUGAGAGCAAUGGGAAGUUACGUGAAUCAAAUUGCCUUUCCGUCUCUUUUUGCACCGAUCAUCAUAUCCUUAAACUUCAGUUUUGAAGUGGGCCAUUCGUUCUUGUUUUCAGGUAAGCAAGAAAUACGGGAGCGCAUGAUUGACGCCCUGCGUUCUGUUGGAUUGCCAGUGCUGAUUGGUACGUUAAUAUCCAUGGCCGCCUCUGUCUCAUUAGGGUUUAUUCUUCCAAACUUGGCAGACAUUUUCCAUCUGACCCACCCUAUGGUCUUAAUUUUGGGCUUGAUCCACGCUCUCAUAAUACUCCCAGCAGUCAUCAUAUCAUAUGAGGAAUUUGUGCACAGUUUUCAUUUCAGUGGUGACGAAGAAGAGGAAACAAAUAGCCAGGAACUUCAAGACUUGUCCCUAGAGGAAACACGAGGUGGCAACAUAGGGAAGUUCUUGUCUAGACGUCCAGGAAUUUCUAUUGUUGGCAUCAGUUGUAAAUUCCCCGGUGCUGGCAGUGUAGACCAAUUUUGGAUUCUUCUAAAGCAAGGAAAAAGUUCAAUCAGUACAGUUCCCGAGAAUAGAACAGAGCAGUAUAGAAGAUUCGUCGAGCAUUACAAUCCCAACCGUUUUGUUAAAAAACGCCUAUGUACUAUCAACGGUUCUUUCUUGGAAGAAAUUCGAAGUUUUGACAACAGAUUCUUUGGUAUCUCCAGCCAAGAGGCUCGUGGAAUGGAUCCUCAACAAAGAAUUAUCCUACAAGUGGUGUAUGAGGCAAUCGAAGAUGCAGGAAUGCGACUUGAAGACCUACAGAGGUGUAGAACAGGUGUUUUUGUUGGUGCUAUGAAUCUUGACUACGGUAGUCUUUUAAGAGAACAAUCAAAUAGUGGUAAUAUUGAUCAGUUUUCCGCGACAGGAACAACGGCCAGUAUUCUGGCUAACAGAGUGUCAUUUUGCCUUAACCUAACGGGUCCAAGUCUUGUUGUGGACACAGCGUGCUCUUCGUCGCUUACUGCUCUAAAGAUAGCCUGUGAUAACCUGGACAAUGAUGAUUGCGACGUAGCCAUCGUUUGUGCACCUAAUCUCAUUCUCUGUCAUCAUAUGCAGAUGAUAACAGGUAUGGCUGGACUACUCGCGCCCGAUGGGCGUAGUAAAAGCUUUGAUGCUACUGGGGACGGUUAUGGACGAGGAGAAGGCUUUGCAGCGGUAGUUUUAAAAAUGACAAGAGAUGCUUUGUGUGACAAAGACGAUCCAUAUUGCGAAAUUAUUGCAUGUGGAAUGAACAGUGAUGGACAAAAUGCUGUGCCAAUGACCGCUCCAAGUACCGAGAUGCAAGUUCAACUAUCAAGGUGGGUGCUGGAACAAUCAGGAGUGACUGCAGAAGACGUGGAUUACCUUGAGGCACAUGGGACUGGUACUGCAGUCGGUGACUUAGUGGAGGUCACCUCGAUAGCGGAGACCUACACUAGUAGAGCCACACAAUCCGUACAGAAGUUAAGAAUCGGUUCAGUAAAAUCCAAUAUCAAUCACACAGAAAGCACUUCUGGACUUGCUGGGCUAACUAAGGCUGCUCUGAUGAUAAAAAAGAAGACGUUUGUACCAACUGUCAACGUUCAAGUUUUGAAUCCCAAACUAAAGCUAGAAGAGAAGGGGCUAGUUUUGCAACAAACUCUUGAGCCUUGGAGCAAAGAGAAUGGAAAGUCGCGAAUAGCAGCUGUAAACUCAUUUGGAUUUGGUGGCUCAAAUGUUCAUGUUAUACUCCGCGAGGUUACAUCAACGCCAAACCUAAAAGUUGAAAACUUGACACGUCGUAAUAGAAUUCUCACGAUCACAGCGCGCUCUAAAGAUGCUCUCAAGGAGAUGUCACACCUUUACUCUGAGUGGAUUAAGGCCAACGCUGGAGAAAUGGAUGAGCAUUUUGUUGAAAACUUAUGCUACUCUUUAAAUGAACGCCGAACUCAGAACCCGCAUCGCUUGGCAAUUGCCUUCGGAUCCAUUUCCGAAGCAGCAAAGUCACUGGAGGCCUUCGCCAAUGACUCGGUGGGUUGGGAUAAGUUUGCUUCCUAUGCCCAAGUGACCUCAAGUGACAGAAAACUUGUUUUCAUGUUUGGAGGCCAGGGAUCGCAAUGGUAUGCCAUGGGAAGACAGUUAAUGGAAUAUGAAGCUGUUUUCAAAGAAGCUGUCUUGACAGUUAGCAACUUUCUGAGAGACUUGGGAGUGACAUGGUCACUUAUAGAUGAGUUGAUGGCCCCUGAAGACGUUUCCAGAAUAGCGGAAAACUGUAUCGCUCAGCUGGCCACCUUUGCUAUCCAGUACGCAACUGCGCAGCUGCUGAAAUCCUGGAAAAUUCAUCCGUCAGCUGUUAUUGGUCACAGUUUAGGAGAGUUUGCAGCUGCUUGCGUUGCUGGAAUCAUAACUGUCAAGGAAGCUGUUAAGCUAGUACUGGCUCGCUCAACUCUUCAAGAUAGAUGUGCCAACAAUGGAAGUAUGGCUGCUUUAGGCAUGUCCGAGGUCAAGGCCGAAGAAUUACUACUUACCCUUAAAUUAAGCCCCUCUCUCGACAUAGCAGCAAUUAAUGAUGCUAAUAGUGUCACAGUAUCUGGUGAAUCACAAUCGAUUAAAGCACUGGGAGAACAUCUAUCGACCCACGCAAAGGAUACUUUCUGGCGUGUUCUUGGAACAAAUCAUGCAUUUCACAGCCUGCAUAUGGAACCCAUCAAGAAACCUUUUCAAGGAGCUGUUGAAGCCAUGCAUCUGAACCUUAAACUGUCGAAAGUUCCAAUGUACUCUACUGUUGAGGGAGAAGUGAUUUCGAGUCAGCACUUAAACAAUGAUUAUUGGUGGCGAAACAUUCGAUGUCCAGUCCAAUUCUAUCCAGCGAUGAAACAGCUUUUAAGAGAUGGCUACAGACAAAUUGUUGAGAUCAGUACCCAACCAAUUCUAGCCCACUAUGUCAAACAGAUUGCUCUUCAAGAAAAUCUCACAGUUAAAGAAAGGCCCAUUGUCGUGGCAACUCUUCCGCGUAAGAGGGUACCCAUCAAGGAUCAACACAGAUGCUUUCUUCAGAACACAAUAUGCAUAUUGUACGCGGCAGGAUUUCCAGUAGAUUGGACUCAGAUGCAGAGGAACCAGUCAGCUAGAUUUGUUCGGCCCCCAAAUUCCCCAUGGCUGGAAAGCAGCUUUUGGUUCAGGGAUGGCCCAUUGGAAACUGUAGUGCACCGUCUUGGUUCUGAGGAAACCAUAAAGAAGAAACCGCAUCCGUUUCUUUCAGAGGUAAAAAAGACAGACCCAUUUUCAGGUGUACACUGCUGGGAGACGGAGAUUGACCUACAGAAAUUUCAGAGUCUAAAGGACCAUGUUCUUCUUGAGGGAGGUACAGUGCUGCCCGGAGCUGCUUACCUGGAGAUGGCAUUCGCAAUGGCAAAGGAAACGUUCAAUUAUGGCUCUGGCAUUGAACUAAAAGAUGUAAAGUUUUUGAGUAUUCUUACCUUGCCAGAAACAAAGGUUAGAUCCUUACGACUACGCCUGGUAAAGUCCGAAAGAAUUGACGAGGCCCAGUUUCACAUCACUUGUUUGCAGGAAAAUCAGUCUGAAAUCAGUUUAAGCAGUGGAAAUAUCUCUGUAGAUCUCUUGCACAGUAAAGAAAGCUGUGAGGGAAAAGGCUGCGAUGAAGUUGGCCCAGCCUUAAAUGAUUUGAUCAGAAGUAUGACAGAAGUGCCCAUUGAACGAUUGAAACAAUUAACCCAGAAGUAUGGCUUUGACUUCGGAAAAUCUUUCUCGUUAAUCGAAAAAACCUGGUACUGCGACAAUAAUGGACUUGCUCUGGUUGAUAUUGGUGAUUCACCCCUGGUUCAGGCAGAAAGUAAAGAUUUUAUCGUACACCCUUCCAUUUUAGACGCCUGUCUUCAAUCCUGCUUGCUUUCACGUGUGAACCGACAGAUUGAUGAUUUAGCCGUUGCUCCACUUCCAUUCGGACUGAAGAGCAUCACUUUAAGUGACGUUCCAUCCACCAAUCAGCUGUAUUGUCACGUCUCUGAAGAUCUCAGUUAUAUUGGAAGGUACAACAUCACGUUAAUGAGUCCAUCAGGCAAAGUUUUACUGACCAUGAGCGGGUUUCGAGUCGUGGAAAUGAGGCAAUUACCACGGCAGUUUACUUCCGAUGAGGAUCUUGCAUAUGACAUGCUGUGGGAGGAAGCGGAUGUGCAAGAACACAAACGAAUGACGCCAGAUUUGACUUGUAUCCUACUAAGGGACAGCUCUUUGUUCUCAAACGCCUUAAUCACAAAACUUCACGACUCGAAGGUAAAAGUAAUUACCGUUGAUCCACCAAAGAGUUUUUGUUUUGACGCUAAAGCAGUAGAGGCAAUCAGCACGGCCUUCCUUGACACACCCCCAAACGAUUCAUUCAGCUUUAAAGUGGUUAAUAUGUGGCCAGUAGAAACCACUCUAAUACCGAGCAACUUCGAUGUUAUCGAACGAGUGCAAAACCUUGCCUUCAGCAGCUCAGUAUUUUUGAUCCAGCAGCUCGUUAACAAAGGGUGGCUUAACUGUCAACUGCUGCUGGUUACUGAAAGUACGCAACGGUUAGAUACCUCCAUCAGAUCUCCACAGAGUAAUUUCAUUCCGUGGGCGUCAACAGUCUGGGGUCUAAGACGAACAGCGAAGCUCGAAGAACCUGAUUUGAAGAUUACAACAAUUGAUCUUGGUGACAAGAAUGACCUAGAUGAGGUGGAUUGUUUGCUUUCUGAGAUCCUAGGUGAUGGUGAGGAGGAUGAGGUGGCCUUCCGAGAUGGAAAACGUUUCAUAAAUCGCCUUGUGAGAUCAAAAAUUUCCUCAGAGCAACCUACAAGCGACAAAAAUUUCAGAAAAAAGGAGUCCUCUCUUUACCUGUCGAAUAUCCCUGCCUCACAGAAGAUCUGCCUGCGCCAAAACAGUGUUUCUAAACCACUGCUCUCUGAGAUCACAAUGGAACUGUUUCAUUUCUGGACACCCUCUGAGUCUAUAGUUGAUGCAGCCAAACCAAAUGCUUGUGUCUUUACUGUUGGAAAGGUGGUUGCUCUACCGAAGGGAACUGAAAUUGCAAAGUUGCAGAUUGGCGAUGUGGUGUGUGGUGUUAUGACCUCCGGACGUGUUUCUCGUUCUCUUCCCAUUAAAGCAAACAACGUGUUCUCUAAGCCUGCCUGUCUAACUCAAGAACAAGCGACAUGCAUCCCUGCUUCUCUAGCUAUAGCCUUUUAUGCCUUACAACGGGUGGCAACAACGGAAGAAAGUAAGACGUUACUGAUACAUCAAGCUCAACUUAGCCCUGGACCUGCAUCAGUUGCCCUUGCAAAGACAUUGGGUCACAGAGUAUUCUGCACCAUAUCUGACACUUGCCAAUCAUCAACUAAAUCCGCUCUCCUAGAGUUGGGAGCAGAGAGUGUGGUACAUCAGAGAUUCACCAGUUUUGAAGAUCAUUUCAAUAACCCUCUCGAUGCAAUUAUCUUUUUCCACCCACCUCCUCCAAACACUCUUCAGAAAAGUAGUCGGGCUCUCAAACGCGGGGGAAAAGUUGUCAUUUUGUGCCCUGAAUUCAGUGGUGAUGUCGUACUUCCUGCAAAUAAAAACGUUGUGUAUGAAAGAGAGAACAUUUCAGACAUCCUUCGAUCACCGCAGACUUACCAAAAGCUUAGCUCAGAAAGUCUAACAGUCCUAAAAGAUGGAGGACUUCUUGAAAAGCUUCUGGAAAUCAACUUGAUAUCCACAGAAGUACCAACAGCAGUUGAAGCUGCAAACGAAACCAGGCUCAACGAAUCAUCUUCGAAACGUUUAACAACAUCAUCCCCAGGUAUUUCCUUUCACAUUUACUCAUUUGCACCGUCUGAAGCAGGUUCUACUCUGCAAAAGAUUCCCGUUCUUCCACGUGGUCUGGAUGAGUGUGGCCUCAAAGAAAACAGAACGUAUUUGGUAGCAGGAGGGAUCAGAGGAUUUGGAUUUGAAGUGGCCUGUUGGAUGGCUGGAAACGGGGCCAAGUCUAUUGGGCUUAUUGGUCGUUCCAAGCCCUCAGAUGCAGAAAACCAAAAACUAAGAGAUAUCGAAAGGAAGACAGGCGUGCAGUUCCAUAUUUUCCAGAUUGACAUCUCAAAACAAGAGCCCAUGAGGUCGUUGAAAGUGCAGCUUGAAUCUCUUCCAAGUGUAGCAGGAAUAGUGCAAUCUGCUAUGGUUCUUAACGAUGCCUUAAUUAAAGAUUGGACAUUUGAAGGCUUCAAAAACGUCAUGGGACCUAAAAUUCAAGGUUCCUUUUUACUACAUCAACUGAGCUUGGAAAUGGAUCUGGAUUUCUUCGUUAUGUUUUCUUCUAUGGCAUCAGUCGUUGGAAACAUAGGAUCAUCCUCAUAUUCAGGCUGCAAUGCUUUCCAAGAUUCUCUCGCCCAUUACCGGAGGCAGGUGCUUGGUCUACCCGGUCUUUCGAUAAACUGGGGACCUAUAGGAGGGGCCGGUGUGUUAGCACGUAAUAUGGCGUUGGCUAAACACAUGGCAGCAACAGGACUGGGCUUCAUAAACGCUAAAGAUGGCGUCAAAUUCAUGGCCAAAGUUUUAGCCCAGGAGCCGAGUCGUUCUCAAAUCUCCCUAUUUGGUGUUGACUGGUUUCGAUUCAUGAAAAGUAACACUGGAAUUCGAAAGAGUCUCCGAUUUUCACUGAUCACUGGAGGAAUGAGCAUUUCUGAUGGCCAGACAAACACAACCGAUUCUUUGCUGCAAAGGAUUCAGAUGGAAGGGAAUCCAGAAGCAAAAGGCAAACUUGUCUUGGAGUAUAUUUGCAUGGUCAUGUCAGACUUGUCAGGACAUUCGUUUUCUUCAGAAAUGGAUCUAAACAAAAGCUUGUACAGCCAGGGUAUUGACUCAACUGGAGCUCUGACCCUUAAAAUGUUACUUGAAUCCAAUUUACAGGCUACUUUUGAGAUUCUAUACUUUAUGCAGCCUGAUACCACUGUAUCAAAAUUGGCCAGGGAAGUUAAUGCCAAGCUUCUUGGAAAAGCAGCCAGCCUCAAUAGUGAGACUCAAGAAAAUGGACCCACAGACACUCAAUCAUCAGAACAAUCAUCUCCCACAACCAUCUCAUCAGAGCCUGAAGUGCAAGUCCUACCCCUGUACUCUCCUGAGGGCUCAGCAAUAAAAUUCUUCUGUGUCCAUCCCUCACACCGCUAUGUGUUAAGUUUGGUGCCUAUAUCCACUGGAUUUCAAGGACAGGAUUUGAUAUCCUUCUAUGCCCUGGGCUUUACCGACCCCACAGUCAUCAGUGAAGACUGGGGAAGUGUACGAGAGCUUGCCACACAUUAUGUGCAGUUGAUCAUGAAGGAGCAACGCCACGGACCAUACUUUUUAGGCGGAUAUUCAUAUGGAGGACUUCUGGCGUACGAAAUGGCUUCCCUGUUGAUAGAACAGAAUCAGAGUGUGGAGUUUGUUGCUAUGAUUGACACAAUCCCUUGGUCAUCGCGUUCACAGACUGUAGCCUCUAGGCUGUUUACUCCCCAAAGAGUUGAUUUGAUGUUAUCUCAACAAGUUCAGCUCCAGUUUGAAAGCUACCUAGAGAAGCUGGCCCUAGGUUCCCUUAAGAUGGACGUUAGCGAAUACAGACAACUGAGGGAGGCACACACUCAAGACUGGAUAAUUGAUGAACUGCAGAACAGAAGCAUUACAAAGGGGCUUACUUCCUACAAUCUAAGAACCCUCAGAGAGGCCCUUUUCACAAAUCAAACUAUUGCCAAUCGAACACACCACGAAUGGCAGCCUGCUGAGGUUCGUUAUCGAGGUCCUCUCACAUUCCUUAAAUGCCAGAAAAGUUCCUCUUCACCCAUAAGUGCCAUAUCACACCGUGUCGAGGACAUUUGGGGAGACUUGGUUGAUGGAGGCACAACCCACCUUGUUUGUCCUGGUGAUCAUUACUCCUUAAGUGAGCUACCUCAAGCCAAAGUAACAGGCGGUAUCCUAGCAACAGCCCUUGCAUUUACCUUCCGCAUGUUAUUCCCAGAAUUCCCCACUCCGCCGAGAAUGUUUAUUCAAAGACGUGCUGUAGGAAAACUUUCUAGAGGCGUAAACGUGUUCCUUCAUUCAAAGAGAGGAAACAAAAUGCCGCAUUACGGUGAACUAUUUUUUCAUGAAGAUGUUUGUAAACUUGAAUUGAGAUCAACUUCUGACGAAGGAGAAGCAAAUGAGACCAAGAAAGUAAAAAAGAACAUAGACCUGAGAGAACUUCGCAUGGUACAGCCUGGAAGGCUGGUCUCUAAUGCCUUGAAGUAUGCCUGGCGCAAGCGAAGAGUUCAAGGUUAUGAGAGUGGUAACCUGGGACACAUUGCCUCUGUCGUGACCAGUCACCGAGUUUACAACUUGGAAUUUUGUGUUUAUUCUGAUUUGAAGGCAUUUUAUGACAUGGUAGAAGCUGUAUUUGCUGUAAAAUUGUUAACCGUUUAAAACAGUAGUCAUAUUGAUAUUCAUUAGUAAAGCACAUAAUUUUAUGUUUUGGGUAGUUUGACAAAUCAAGUAUUACCACAUCUUAAAAUUUUGUAGAAGAGGUGAAAUGGCCUUCGGUAUUUUAUGUCCUGCUUCCUCUUGAAAACUUAGGUUUAAAACAACAUUUGAUGGAAAGUUAAUCAAAUCAUUUCAUGUAAAGUAAUCUCUUCCAGAGUUUACCAUGUUAGCUAACUUGGAAUUGAUUGCGUCUCACUACAUAGUAUAUUUACUGCGUCUAGCACAAGAGAGCAAACCUUUUGGGAUUUAAUAUUCAGUAUCUUUGCUGUUUGGGGUCCAACAAAACAAUAGGAUUGACUCUGAAUAUAACUUUAAUCAAAGCACGCCUCUUGCAACAGUAUGGCCGAUUCACUCUCAUUUCGCUUAAAUAAUGUAGGUCCUUAAGGCGUACAUAGAACAUUACAGUAUUGUAGAAAAUUUACGAGACGUUUCUUUCUCAAAUUUGAAUCGUUAGUUCUAGAAUUUUGGUAUAAAAUUGAACACUUCUCACCAAAAACAGAUGUUGGGCUUGGGAAACCUAUAGAUUUAAAAUUAAGGUAGAACCAUGCCACCUUGAUGUUCCGAGGGGAACAAAAAAGGUUCGAACUAACGGGGGUUCCAGUUAGCUAAUAGUCCAUGACUGAAAGAAUGGGUUAAAGGAAAUCGCAUCUUGUUCAAGUUACUAAGGGGUUCAAGUUAACUGAGUCGAGUUAGCGGAGUACUACUGUACUUUAAUAACCUCCUCCGAGCUGCAAGUUCGAGGUUAGCUACGAUAGCAAGCUAGGAAACUAAAGAGCUCUCAAAAACUCCGCAAACGCACCUAUUGUAAUCUGGUAUUCUAGGUUAAGGGGUUUCAGACUUCUGGUGGUAAAUUUCCACUCAGUAAUUCAUAGAGUACAAGUACAAUCCACAGAUACUGUUUGAGAUCAUGCUUUUCGUUUACACUGGGUUGAUCUUGUUUACUAGCAUCAGUUUCAUUUAUUAUAUAGUUUUUGAAGCAUAAAUGAGCUUAUACAAAUUUCAAAAGAUAUUUUAGUGGUAUUGGAGAUAUAAGCUUGCUCUUUAAUUGCCUUUUUGUAGAAUAAAUACAUUAUUGUCACUA